AUGGAUCCUCCGACCGAAAUCGAAGACCCUCGAGCUGCUGCCAAUGGCGACAACAACCACGUUUCCAAGAAGCUGAAGCUUUCCUUCAUAACUGAACCCGAAAUUCGGCAAGAGUUUGCCCAUCACAAGCUUGGCAUCGCCCGUAUUAACAACGGCAGCUUUGGAAGCUGCCCAGCCUCCAUCAUCGCUGCCCAGAAACGAUGGCAGCUGCGCUUUCUCCAGCAGCCUGACGACUUCUUCUUCAAUCAUCUGCAGCGGCAAAUCCUCCAUUCCCGCACCAUAGUCAAGGACCUCAUCAAUGCCGACCAUGUGGACGAGGUGUCUAUUGUCGACAAUGCCACAACUGCCGCAGCCAUUGUUCUUCAGCACGUUGGCUGGGCCUUUGCUGACGGUCGCUUCCAGAAGGGCGAUGCUGUUGUCAUGCUCCACUGCGCCUUCCAGGCCGUCAAGAAGUCCAUUGAGGCUUAUGUUACUCGGGCAGGGGGGUCUGUCAUCGUGGUUCACUUGCCGUUUCCUGUGAAGUCGAAUGAAGAAAUCAUCGCUGAGUUUCGGAAAGGGUUGGCCAGAGGUAAGGCCAAUGGUAAGAAAGUUAGGCUAGCCAUAAUUGAUCAUAUAACAUCCAUGCCCUGUGUUGUGAUUCCUGCACGUGAGUUGGUUAAGAUUUGUAGAGAAGAAGGUGUGGAGCGUGUAUUUGUAGAUGCCGCUCAUGCUAUUGGUAGUAUUCAUGUGGACGUUAAGGAAAUUGGGGCUGAUUUUUAUGUGAGUAAUUUGCAUAAAUGGUUUUUUUGUCCACCUUCUGUAGCCUUUUUGUACUGUCGUAAAUCACCCUUAUCGCCUGACUUGCACCAUCCCGUGGUUUCACAUGAAUAUGGGAAUGGACUGGCGAUAGAGAGUGCAUGGAUUGGAACUCGUGACUAUAGCUCUCAGCUGGUUGUUCCUGAUGUUUUAGAAUUCAUUAAUAGGUUUGAAGGGGGUCUUGAGGGAAUUCAGAAUAGGAACCACGAUGCAGUUGUUGAAAUGGGAGAAAUGUUGGCCAAGGCUUGGGGAACGAAUCUUGGUUCCCCUCCAGAGAUGUGUCCGAGCAUGGUGAUGAUUGGUUUGCCUUCGAGAUUGGGAGUCUUGAGUGACGAUGAUGCAUUGAAGUUGAGAACACAUUUGCGAGAUCAUUUCGGGUUGGAAGUGCCCAUACAUUUCCAGAUGCCAAGAGAUGGGGAGAUCAGAGCUGCUGAUGGGGAUGGUUGUAUAACAGGGUAUGCUCGGAUUUCUCAUCAAGUGUACAAUACACUUGAUGAUUAUGUCAGGCUAAAAGAUGCAGUUAGUCAACUUCUCAGCGAUGGAGUGGUGUGCAAGAUGCUUCGGAGAGAGUGA